AUGAUUUCAGAAAUAAUGCAUAAUUUUUUUUAUUUAAGUAGUGGAGGAAAAACUGAUUGUUAUGGAUAAAAAAAUGGUUGGUGGGUUGAAUUGAAUGAUAAGUUGGCUCAGUAUUUAUUAAAAUAAAUAGUAGAUGCCAUGAUCAGGUUUCUCAUUACUGUGAUGAAUAUAAAGAAGGGAAAAAGAUAGGAAGAUGGGAUACAAAAAUCAAAGUUAUUUUUAAGUGAUGUAAUGUAAUAUUUAUAUAAAAGUGGGGGAGGAGAAUAUGAUUUGAAUGAAACGAAAAUUGGAUAAUGGGUGGAAUUAAUUACAAAUUUUUCUAAGUAUGUUCAUACUAAAUAGAAAAAAUGAAGUGAAAAUUUCUGGUUUUUAUAAAAAAGGAUUAAAAAAUGAUUAAUGGAAUACUUUAUUGAGAGAAGAAAAUGAUGAGGAGAUUAUGUAAUUUUUGUAGAGUUUUCAUUAAGUGGAGGAGGGUUUAUGAAGAAGGAGUGAAAGUUGGAAGAUGGAUGGAAUUGAGUUCAAACAAUUAUUAUAAAUUUACUCACAUUGGAAAAUAUAAUAAAGGUUUAAAGAUAAAUAGAUGAAUAUUAUAUUUAAAAAGUACGAUACUGAUGAUUAUAAAAUUAUGUAUAUAUAAUUAUAAUUACUAGUGGUGGAGGUUUAUAUAAUUAAGAAGGAAUAAAACAUGGUAAAUGGAUAGAAAUUUAGAAUAAAUAAGAAGAGUAAUUUUAUAUAUAUAAUUAGUUUUGACAUAAUUGCUUAUAUUGGAGAAUAUAAAAAUGGAAAAAAAAAUGGCUUAUGGGAUAUUAUUUAGGGUUCAACUGAAAUGAAUGAAUAUUAUAUGAUGUAAAUUUUAUUAGAUAAUGUUUAGUGGCGGUGGCUGUUAUGAUGAAAAUGGAUUAGAAAAAGGCUUAUGGACAAAUAUAGAAUAAUUUUCCUUUAAGUUUUAUUAUGUAAUUAUUGAUAGAUUUUCUGUGAUAUCGAUUGGUAAAUAUUCAAAUGGGAAGAAAAUUAAAAAAUGGGAAACUAAGUAUCAACAGAGUAAACAAGAUGAAUUUGUAAAUAUUGUUAUGAUAAAAAAGGGGGAAUGGAUGGUUUAAUGAAAAUGGAAUC